AAACUCUAUUCGACAUAUUGCAUAAUGCAAACACAUCCACCAGAAGACGUCGCCGUAACCGUACCCCACCACCAACUUACGAAGUGCCAUUAAUUCUAAGUACUAGUCGCCGUGAAUCCACCACUAAUCAAAGGAAUCGAUCUGCAUCACCCAUCCGGAGAGUUCCUAGUAGAAGGGAUGAGAAUAGUAAUCAAGAUAAUGUAAAUAGUGCUGUUGGACAUAGCUUAGCUAAUAUAAAUGAUGUGUGUGAAGAUUCGGGUAAUAACAUGAAUGAUGCAAGUGGAAAUUUAAGUAAUAUGAUAUACUCAUCUUCAUCUGAGUUAAUAAAUAUUAUCUUGGCCCUUAAUUUAUCUGCAUCACAAAAUGACAGCAAUUUAAGUAUGCCCGAUAUAGGAGGGCCACUGGAAUCUAUAAAUGAGAAAA